AUGACUUCGAAAACUCAUAAAGAACCUUUACGAGACAUUGAUUCUCCGGAUAGUAUAGUCAGUGUGGAUAGUUUCGAGUUUGAAACUGCCGCGAAUUAUUCGGAUGAUAAAACCAUUACAGAUGAUAGCACAGAUGGUCGUCGUAGAAAUAAAGAUAUCAAUAGCUAUGCUGAUAAUAAAAAUGUUGCCGAAGGUUUAAUGGACAUCGCCUUACUUUCUGCAAAUGCUAAUCAGUUGCGGUUUUUAUUGAAAUAUAAUUACGAGGCGUCAACAUACUACAUCAGUCUGGGUUUGGUGGCACUAUCACUUAUCCUACAAGUAGUAGUAGGCAUUGUACUUAUAUUUCGGCGACGUAUGAAGUGCGGACGGGAUAAAAGAUUUGUGCGUACCAAUGAGUUUCUAGUUGGUGGUGUCUUCAUGGUGACCGUCGUAAAUAUUCUACUUGCUGCUUUUACGACCACAGAUGUUGGUAAAUGA